AUGAGGACUACUAGCGGUCACAACCAUACUAGACCUGCAUACGAGCCCGUCGAAGUAUAUAGAGCCCUUAAAGGUCCCUUUUUGGCGUCCGAUUGGAUGGUCAUCCCGAGCGUAUCUGUAUGGCCAAGCUCGAUAACAGGGGAUGAUCAUUUGCCUCCUCUCGUCUGCCAUUGCUCUCGCGGAAAGCCAGCGGCAAAAGAAUCAGAACCGGCUGAAUGGAGCAUACCCGAGGAAGCUCCAAACGAAAGGUUAUCUGGGCGGUUGAUAUUGAUUAAGCCUGCCGAGGCGGAGGAAAAUGCGGAGAAGCUGCAUGAUUUCGCCGGUUUGACAUGGCUCGAAGUCGCGGGACUAUGGACUCCGGAUAAGGCCCAGCCAGGUCCCCAAUGUGCCCAAUGCUGGCAGUUAGUUGGCACUCAGUGGAUACCAUCUGAUGUAAGGGCGCCGUUGAAAUACGGCCUCGUUGCCCGUCCACCUCAAACCUCCAAAUCACUGCAAGAAUAA